AUGACCAAUCGAGCGGCAUAUCUCCUAGCAGCAAAAACCCAACUAGAAGUCAAAGAUGCACCACUCGAGAAGCCGGGCCCACGAGAAGUUCUGAUCCGUAACCGAACCCUUGCGAUCAACCCUGUAGAUACUAAGAUGCAAGAUUACGGGGUCAUCAUUGAAGAAUAUCCAUAUAUCCUAGGCCUGGAGGUUGCUGGAGAGAUAGAAGGCGUUGGGGAUGAGGUUACUAAGUUCAAGAAAGGAGACCGCGUCGCAGCGCUAGGGGCUGCAAUUAGAACGAAGAAACUUGCUCAUGCCGGUUUUCAGCUUUUUACUUGUGCCUCGGACAUCACAGUCGCCCACAUUCCGGAAGACCUGAGCUACUCAAGCGCUGUUGUAUUACCUCUCGGGCUCACAACUGCGGCUGCGGGCUUGUAUGAACAUGCCUAUCUAGGGCAACCAAUACCAAGUGCUGUGGCCAGUAAUGAGCUCGAAGAGACUGAUAGGGCGAUUCUUAUCUGGGGUGGUAGCUCUUCCGUCGGUAGUUGCGCCAUCCAACUCGCUAUAGCAUCUGGACUCACCGUUCUUACCACUGCCUCAGAGAAAAAUAUCAGCUAUGUGAUGGGCUUAGGGGCGCACCAUGUUUUUGAUCAUUCGAAGGAUGAUGUAAUCGAGAAGUUGAUUAAUGUAGCGACUGGGAAGAAGUUGAUUGGCGCAUAUGAUGCUAUAUCGACAAAGGGUACCUCCGGAAAAUGUGCAGAGAUCCUUCAUCAUUUUGGAGGCGGGACCAUUUUCGCUACUAUACCUGGCACCAGCUCUGUCUGGGGGGACUUCAUGAAUGAAGGUUUGAAGAACGGAAAGCUGAGAGCCAAGCCUGAUCCAGUAGUGAUUCAGGGAGGCCUCGAGGAAUGUCAGAAGGCAUUAGACCUGUAUCGUCAGGGUGUUUCUGCGGCAAAGAUUGUAGUGGAGCUUUGA